GCCAUACCUAGAAAAGAAGGACCCUAGAUUUUAUUUCCUACCCUUUACUCUAUUCUUCUUGUCCGCACAUCUUGCCUACCAAAUCACACAAACAUCCAGCAAGAUGGCGGAUGCAGACCUAGCUCUCCAUGACGACGUCGAGAAAAUAGCUUACAAAAGCGAAAAGCGCUCAGACGAGACAUCUCCACCUGGAUACGACAAAGAAGCCCAAAUUCGACGAGGCAGCGUAACGACACACCACGAUGGCUUCUUCUCUGCCUUUACGCUGGAAAGCUUCAAGCGAAACCCAAAUGCGAGAGUUGUUACGGAAGCAACUGAUAUUGAAGGCCGUCCACUGGCUGAUCAACCGCCUGCUGAACCCGCGUUGGCUAUGAAGCUUAAACCCAGGCAUCUGCAGAUGAUUGCUAUUGGGGGUUCCAUUGGCACGGGUCUCUUUGUCGGUUCCGGGUCGGCCCUAGCUACUGGUGGCCCGGCCUCACUCAUAAUUGCAUAUGGUCUGAUUGGUGUUAUGUUAUACUGUACGGUCCACGCGCUAGGUGAAUUGGCUGUUGCGUUUCCGAUUGCGGGUGCUUUCUCGGUUUAUUCGAGUCGGUUUAUUGAUCCUGCUUGGGGUUUUGCUAUGGGCUGGAAUUAUGCCCUCAAUUGGCUUGUCACUCUCCCUCUUGAACUCACGGCAGCUUCAAUCACGGUCUCCUUCUGGCCUGGUGCAAAGGACGUCAGUCCCGCGGCUUUCGUCGUCAUAUUCUGGGUUGUGAUUGUCGCUAUCAACUUCUUCGGCGUACGCGGCUAUGGAGAAGCAGAAUUUGUCUUCUCUAUCAUCAAAGUCAUUGCAGUCAUAGGCUUUAUUCUUCUCGGCAUUAUCAUCGCGGCAGGAGGCGUACCAGGCAGUCCGCAAGGCUACCUUGGAGCGCAUUAUUGGUAUGAUCCUGGGGCAUUCAAUCAUGGGUUUAAGGGCCUUUGCUCGGUUUUCGUGACUGCUGCUUUCUCGUUUGGUGGAACUGAGUUGGUGGGGUUGACUGCUGCGGAGACGGAGAAUCCCCGCAAGUCGUUGCCAAAAGCUGUUAAGCAGGUGUUUUGGCGUAUUACUUUGUUCUAUAUGGUGUCACUUACCAUCGUCGGCUGUUUGGUUCCAUACAACGACGCAGACCUCUUGAAUGGUACCGGAAGCCAAGAUGCUAAUGCCUCACCCUUCGUUAUCGCCGUCAAGAAUGCCGGAAUUUCAGUGGUGCCUUCAAUCAUGAACGUCGUAAUCCUCAUCGCUGUCCUAAGCGUAGGCAACUCCUCCGUCUACGGCUCCUCUCGUACGAUGGCCGCUCUCGCAGACCGCGGCCAAGCCCCUAAAAUUCUCGGCUACAUCGACAACACUGGCCGUCCGCUGGUCUCCAUCAUCGUCGCCUCAACCAUUGGUCUCCUCUGCUUCAUCGUCGCGGCCGGCACAGCUACGAGAACUCAAGCUUUUAACUGGAUGCUAGCUAUCUCUGGUCUCAGCUCGAUUUUCACCUGGGCUUCUAUCUGUGCUUGCCACAUCCGCUUCCGCCACGCAUGGAAAUACAACGGCCACACACUCUCCGAACUAGCAUUCACCUCUCAACCAGGCUACUACGGCUCUUGGAUCGGCCUCAUAAUGAACAUUUUAAUCCUAAUAGCACAAUUCUGGACUGCGGUAUGGCCAGUGGGCUAUGCUUCAGACACUCCGUCGGAAAUUGCGCAGGGCUUCUUCGAGGCGUAUCUCGCGAUGCCGAUUGUUAUUCUGUUUUAUGUAGUGUUUAAGGUGGUGAAGAAGACGAAGUUCAAGAAGUUGAGGGAUAUUGAUGUCACGAGUGGGAGGAGGGAGAUGGAUUUGCCGGCGAUCUUGGCGGAGGAGAGGGCGAUUCAAGCGACGUGGCCGUGGUGGAAGAAGUGGUGGAAUAUUGCUUUCUAAAGUUGAUGUGCUGGAUUGUUGGUGUCUUUUAGGGCACACUGUACUUAUGCUUGUGUGAUUCCGGAGCAACUUGUUUAGUCUUUUCUGAAGUUUGGUGAGGAGAGCCACGCCCAACAAGAGGUGUCGUCACGAACAUUUAGGGCCACGGAAGUACCAG